GUUGCCAAGGACGCGCGCGUCUUAGACUUCCGGCCGUGAGCUGGGCUGCGAAUUGGAGGGCCAGAGCUGGGAAUCCUGCUCAGCCGGGUCAUCACCUGAGCCGGUCUGCAGCCAUGAGCAGCGAUGACUCCUCCCUCAUGGCUUCGAUCAUUUACUACAGCCAGGAAAAGUACUUUCACCAUGUGCUGCAGGCUGCGAAUGUGGACCUAGAGAGGUACAGCAAUGACCCUGUGCUGCAGUUCUUCCGAGCGUAUGGAGCCCUUGGAGAAGACCACAUCCAUGAUGCCAUCAGUGAGCUGGAGAGCAUCCAGAGCCACCCAGACACGUCCCUGUGUGCGGUCAUCGCUCUGAUUUCUGCUCACAAAUGCUGUGACACCAUCGAUGUAGAAGCAAUUCAGGAGCUGGAGAGCAGCUUGAAGGAAAUUCGCAGGACAGCCAGCAGCACUGCCCUGUACUAUGCCAGCCUCUUCCUCUGGUUCAUGGGUCACCACGACAAGGCCAGGGAGUAUGUUGACCACAUGUUGAAGGUCUCCAGCGGCUCCAAAGAGGGCUAUGUGCUCAGAGGCUGGGUAGACCUCACCUCCAGUAAACCCCACAUUGUGAAGAAAUCCAUCAAGUACCUGGAACAAGGAACUCAAGACACCAAAGAUGUGCUAGGGCUCAUGGGCAAGGCAAUGUACUUCAUGACACAACAGAACUUCUCCAGGGCCCUGGAGGUGGUGAACCAGGUCACCUUGGCCUGCAGCAACUUCCUGCCGGCUUUAGUCCUGAAGAUGAAGCUGUUCCUGGCUCGGCAGGAUUGGGAUCAGACGAUAGAAACCGGACAGAGAAUCCUUGAAAAAGACGAAAACAAUAUUGAUGCCUGGCAAAUUCUAGCUGUGCAUGAGCUGGUAAAAGAAGGAAACACGGACAGAGCUGCCGACCGGGUCAGAAACCUCAUCAAGGCGCUAGAGACUGGAGAGCCCCACAAUCCAAACUUACAUCUUAAGAAGAUCCUUGCAGUCAGCAGGCUGUGUGGGAGGCACCAGGUGGUUCAUCGGCUUGUGAGCGGCUUCCUGGAGCGCAUCUUCAUGGCCACACCUUCCUGUGCCCUUGUGGCCACAGAGCUGGGCUACCUCUUCAUCCUACAGCAACAAGUGAAGGAAGCCUGUCUGUGGUACAAGGAGGCCAUGAAGCUGGAGGAGAACAGGCUGGCUGCCUUGGCAGGGAGCAUCUGGUGCCAGAUCCUACAGGGCCAGCUGGAGGAGGCUGCUCACCAGCUGGAGUUCCUCAAGGAGGUGCAGCAGUCCCUUGGGAAGUCUGAGUUGCUGGUUUUCCUGCAAGCCCUCGUAGUAGCUAAGAAGGAAAAGCUGGAGCAAGAGGCCACAGCGCUCCUGAAGGAGGCAGUAGAACUGCAUUUCUCCAACAUGCAGGGCCUGGCCCUGAGCCCCGAGUACUUUGAAAAGCUGGACCCCCUCUUUCUGGUCUGCAUCGCCAAGGAGUAUCUGCAUUUCUGCCCCAAACAGCCCCGGGCACCCGGCCAGCUCGUGUCUCCACUUCUUAAACAAGUCACCAUGAUCUUGAGUCCUGUGGUGAAGGUGGCCCCAGCCAUGAUGGAGCCACUGUAUGUGAUGGCUCAGGUCAAGUUCCUCUCAGGAGAGCUGGAAAAUGUGCAGAGCACCCUGCAGCGCUGCCUGGAACUGGACCCCACAUUUGUGGAUGCUCACCUCCUCAUGUCCCAGAUCCACCUGGCCCAGGGCAACUUCGCCAUGUGCUCCCAUUGCCUAGAGCUGGGUGUCAGCCACAACUUCCAGGUCCGAGACCAUCCCCUCUACCACUUCAUCAAAGCCAGGGCCCUCAAUAAGACGGGCAACUAUACCGAGGCCAUAAAGACCUUAAAAAUGAUCAUAAAGGUACCCACCUCGAAGGCAGAAGAGGGCAGGAAGUCCCGAAGCCCCUCCGUUCGGCCCAGCGAGCGGGCAUCCAUCCUGCUGGAGUUAGUAGAGGCCCUCCGACUGAAUGGGGAACUGCACGAGGCCACCAAGAUCAUGCAGGAUGCCAUCAACGAGUUCAGCGGCACGCCAGAGGAGAUGCGCAUCACGGUCGCCAACGUGGACUUGGCUCUGAGCAAGGGCAACGUGGACCUGGCGCUGAACAUGCUAAGAGGUAUCACACCCAAGCAGCCCUGCUACACAGAAGCCAAGGAGAAGAUGGCCAGCAUCUACCUGCACACUCGCAAGGACAUGCGCCUCUACAUAGGCUGCUACGCGGAGCUCUGUGAGCAUCUGCCCGGCCCCCACAGCAGCCUGCUACUGGGUGACGCUUUCAUGAACAUUCAGGAGCCUGAGAAGGCCCUGGAGGUGUAUGACGAGGCCUAUAGAAAGAACCCUCACGAUGCCUCCUUGGUCAGCAGGAUCGGACAGGCCUACGUGAAGACCCACCAGUACGUCAAGGCCAUUAAUUACUACGAGGCUGCCCAGAAGAUCAGCGGGCAGGACUUCCUGUGCUGUGAGCUGGCCGAGCUCCUCCUCAAGCUGAAGAAAUACCACAAGGCAGAGAAGGUGCUGAAGCAGGCCUUGGAGCGAGACUCGGGGGUCAAGGACAUCCCAUCCAUGAUAAAUGAAGUCAAGUGCUUGCUCUUGUUGGCAAAGGUUUACAAGAGCCACAAGAAGGAAGAGGUGAUGGAAACCCUGAAUCUGGCCUUGGACCUCCAGUCCCGGAUACUGAAGCGGGUUCCUCUGGAGCAACCAGAAAUGAUCCCCUUCCAGAAUCAGCUGGCAGCCUCCAUCUGCAUCCAAACUGGGGAGCAUCAUCUCGAGGAGAAAGAUUAUGACAGCGCCAUGAAAUCCUAUAAGGACGCCCUCGCCUACUCGCCCACAGACAGUAAGGUGGUACUGGAGCUGGCGCAGCUCUAUCUGCUUCAGGGGCAGCUGGACCUGUGUGAACAGCGCUGCGCCCCCCUCUUAGAGAUGGAGCAGACCCACGAGAGAGCCGCUGUGAUGCUGGCCGACCUGAUGUUCAGAAGACAAGACUACGAAACUGCCAUCAGUCUCUACCGCCAAGUGCUGGAGAAAGCUCCAGACAAUUUUUUGGUAUUGAAUAAACUGGUCGAUCUGCUACGACGGAGCGGCAAGCUUGAAGAGGCCCCUGCUUUCUUUGAACUGGCCAAGAAGGUGUCUAGCCGGGUGCCUUUGGAGCCAGGGUUUAACUACUGCCAAGGCAUUUACUGCUGGCACAUUGGACAGCCCAAUGAAGCCUUGAGGUUUCUGAACAAAGCCCGAAAGGACAGCACUUGGGGCCAGCUUGCCACCUGUUACAUGGUACAGAUCUGUCUGAACCCUGACAACGAGAUUGUCGGUGGAGAGGCUUUUGAGAGCCUGGUGGGUGACAGCAACUCUGCCAGCAGAAGGGAGUCUCACCAGCACGGGGUGCGCACUGCGGAGAAGCUACUUCGGGAAUUUUACCCUCACUCGGAAUCUGGGCAGACCCAGCUGAGGCUGCUGCAGAACCUCUGCCUGCUGGCCACCAGGGAGAAGGCGAAUGUAGAGGUGGCUCUGGGAGCCUUUAUCGAGAUGGCCCAGGCUGAGAAGGACAGCAUCCCUGCACUGCUGGCCAUGGCACAGGCCUACAUACUCCUGAAGCAAGUCCCCAAGGCCCGAACGCAGCUGAAGCGCCUGGCCAAAGUCCCAUGGAUGGUGGACGAGGCUGAAGACCUGGAAAAGAGCUGGCUUCUGUUGGCAGACAUCUACUGCCAAGGCGGCAAGUUCGACCUGGCCUUGGAGCUACUGCGCCGCUGCCUGCAGUAUAACAAGUCUUGCUGCCGGGCCUAUGAGUACAUGGGCUUCAUCAUGGAGAAAGAGCAGUCAUACAAGGACGCAGCGACCAACUAUGAGCUGGCCUGGAAGUACAGUCAUCAGGCCAACCCCGCCAUUGGUUUCAAACUGGCCUUCAACUACCUGAAAGACAAGAAGUUCGUAGAUGCCAUUGAAGUCUGUCACAGCGUCCUGACGGAGCACCCCAACUACCCCAAGAUCAGGGAGGAGAUUUUGGAGAAAGCCCAAGGGUCCUUAAGGCCCUAGCUGUGGCUGGAAGGGGCUUGGGCCGGGAGAAGCAUCAGCCUCUAGAUGACGGCUCAGGGGGAGAGUACGAAGUAAAGCCGUGGAGAGACAAGUGAGAAACGCAUGCCCUCCCCGUU